AUGGGUGAAGAGAAUCAAGCGAUUAAGCUAUUUGGUGCAACGAUAAAACUUCAUGACGUGGGAGUAAAAGAAAGCGAAGAAGAUCCAACGGUGGAGAAGAGUUCACAGAAGAUCAUACCAUGUCCAAGAUGCAAGAGCAUGGAAACUAAAUUCUGUUAUUUCAACAACUACAACGUUAAUCAGCCUAGACAUUUUUGUAAGAGCUGUCAGAGGUAUUGGACGGCUGGUGGAGCUCUCCGUAACGUACCGGUAGGAGCCGGUCGUCGGAAGGCUAAGCCGCCGGGUCAUGAAGAUAGCGGCUCGAAUUCGCCGGAUAGUUGUCUUUAUCAAGGUGAUUCUGAUGAUCAUGGACAUAAGUUUGGAUUAGAUUUGGAUAAGUGGCAGGUUGAAACGGUUCCUCGGAGUGGUUUCCGGGAAGUUUUUUCCGGUAAGCGGCGGAGAAAGAAUUCAGGUUGUUAUUCGUUAGCUAUGAUGUAA